AUGGUCCUCGUCCCCCGGACCCUGGGGGAGGUGGGAACGAAACAUGGGCGGCUGGUUCGGGAGACGAGUGGUAAAGAUGGGGGUGCGGCAAGCGAGGAACGGGCGGCGUUGAACCUGGCGAAGGCUGAUGUUGGUCAAAUACUGAGCUCACUGGCCGUGGUUGCUGGCUCCUGGGAGGACUGUAUGGCGGAGGAGGUGGAGAUGCUGUCAAUGGUUCUCGAGCGCUACAUUAUGGCGAUGGAGAAACGGAAGAAAAAUAAAAUUGCUUGGUACCUUGCGGCUCAGCACCAGUUUGUUGGCGAGGCGCCCUCGAUGUGA